UAACUAGACAUGUGAUUAGCAUUGCUGUCUGCUACUUAGUUUGCCCUGCAGUCAGCCUGGUCUGCCCUCAGAGGAAAUACUGCCUGCGGGCUACUCUGUCAACACCAAGCAGCACCAGGCAGCCUGCCAGCUCACAGGCAUCAAAUUCACAAUUAUGCCUGGCACAACAACAGGCAAGAAGCUGGAUCUUUCCAAGCUCACAGAUGAGGAGGCCAAGCAUGUUUGGGCAGUCGUCCAACGAGAUUUUGACCUGAGGAAGAAGGAGGAAGACAGACUUGGGGAGCUAAAGACCAAGAUUGAAAAAGAAGACACCAAGAGAGAGCUGUUGGGCAACCAGAGCAGCCUGGCGGAGUCGCACUGUAUUCGAUGUCUUGAGCCCUUCAAGUUCCUGGUCAACAGCAAACGUCAGUGUCUGGACUGCCAGCUCUACAUCUGCAAGUCCUGCAGUCGCUACAACAAGAAGGAGCAUGGCUGGGUGUGUGAUCCCUGUCGUAUGGCCAGGGUGCUCAAGAUCGGUACAUUGGAGUGGUACCACGAAAACGUCCGUGCCCGCUUCAAACGCUUCGGCAGCGCCAAGGUGAUGAGAUCUCUCUUCAAAAGGUUGAGCGGAGAAAGCAGUUGCUCUCAGAAUGACCUUGAAGCAGAUGGAUAUGAGGAGCACAGUAUGGACGGCACAGAUUCACAACACUACAAAGGGAUGAAAAAGGCCAAAAGGCGGCUUACCGUCGAUCCCAUUGAUUUCGAACUGGGCUGCGACUACUCUAUCGAAUCAAGAGGACGGUCAAAUCAGACCCCGGUGUCCCAGGACAUCAUGGACAUGGACGUGGGUGUGAGAGAGUCGAUGCUUGCUGAGGCUGACAUGGCCUCGGUUUUCCAGCAGAUUCUGGAGGAGCAACGCGAAGUUCUGGAGCUGGGAAUGGCGCCACAGCAAGAUGACCUUACGUACCCAGACAGCCGAACUAUUCCAUCUCGCUCCAUCUCCCGGCUCAGCUACUCUUCAUGUGGCAGCGGUAGCGCCUGGGGACCCCGGAGCAGCAGCAGCUAUCUGCCCGGCCCUGACGACUCGGAGGGGGAGGAUGACCACGGCCAGCCCUACCCUCUCUACCAGUCUCAUCUGCGCCCCUGCAGCCACACCUCCCAGGAGAGCCUUAACUCAGCAACCCCUGCGCCACAGAUCACUGACCUGAACAGACGCAUGUCAGCCAUUGAGACCCUCUUGAACCACUUAGAGCAGAAGGUCACCUCAACAUACGACCAGGCUCCUCCGACUCCAAACAGCACCUCUCCUCUUCCUCAGUGGGAGGAGGUGGACCUAGAGGAGCAGCAACUCAGACAGAAGCUGCAGGAGAUGACGGACAACAUCAGUGACCACAGCCUGAGCUCGGAUGAGGACGAGCCCAGCAGGCCACACUCCUCCCAAGAGAUCCCAGCAUGGAGAAGCCCAGAGGGGGAGGCCAAGCCCUCUAGACUGCCUACCAGACCCACAUCCAGAACAAGCAUCAUAAUCUCCAGACUUGAGGAGGAGCAGCCUCAGCAGACAUAUCUUUCAACAGAGAGCCUGGAGAGGAAAUUGCACCCCCUGGAGGAGGGACCAAAGGAAAGCUUCAAAGGCUCAACAGCCUUACUGGUGGAGCUGGAGGACAAGGUAGCACAAGCAGCUGCCAACGUCCAGAACGCCCAGAGUGAGGUCUCUUACAUAGAGAACAGGAUCGCUGCCCUGAAUGCUGCUGGCAUGCCAGUGGAUAAAAGAAGAAGGUCUGCAAUCCCGAUCCAAGCAAGAAGACUUUCCCACAACUUUCCCACAAGCCAGGUGGACAAGUUUGUGAGGAACUCCCUCUACAGGGGCUCCCUGACACAGAGGAACCCAGUGGCCAAGCCCAAGACCAGGGCUACCUUUGCGAAACCAGUAAUGACACAGGACUCGUGAGGAGGAGGCUGAGCAUUUUGUGACUGACGGAUUGUGACCACGUUUGUUAUUACACUUUGUAAAAAAUUGAAAUUUUGCAGGAAUGAAAGAGAGAUUCCUAUUUUAAUAGAGACUGUCAGCUGGGAUGGAAGCGCUUACAUUUAUAUUUACAAAUGUGUCCUUGUGAUAUUAUUGUGUUAUUUUACUGGGCUAGAUCCACAUUAUAUUUAUAUGUAGUAUAUGUUGCACAUGACAUGGAAUAACUUUGCUAGAGCUGCAUUUCAUGGUAUAUUUAUGGUUUGCAUACAGUAGCAUUCAAGUUAACAGUGUCAUCUGAAAUCUAUUAUUUAUUCCAUUGUUUCCGCCAAAGAAAUGAAAACAUGAAACGAAAUGAUGAUGAUUUUAAAUUGUGUUAUUUUGCCAGUCAAAAAUCAGGACAGUAACAAUAAUUACUAAUCAGUUUCGGAUUUUUCAUUUUUCAUCUUCAUGAACAAUUGCUUAGCUAUUAUAACUAGAGGAAAGGUGAAUUGAUUGUAAAAUUUUCAUUAUAUGAUAGCAAAGUUUAAUAUGGUUAAUUAAAUAUAUUGUGAUAUAUAUAUAUAUAUAUAUAUAUAUAUAAAGCAAAUAAAUACAUUUAUGCACAUUCAAUGUGUAUUAUGGCACAGUAUUGAAAAUACAUUUAUAUUAAACUUUUUUUAAAUUUUCUUCUGCAAAUAUUUAUGCCAACAAGAGCUUUAAUGGAAAUGGGCUUGUGUGAGGUACUUGGUCAGUGUAUUACCUACAGUAGAUAGAGGUCAGUUCGCCCUCAGUUUGGAGAAACAGACAGUAGUCCCAGCAGAGAAUCACAGCAAUGCUCUCUUGUGGACCAGUGCUGCAUAAAAACGUGUUUUAGCCACAUUAAAAGGGCCCACAUCAAAAAAAUCAAGCUUCAGUUUAGGCUAUAUUAAGAAUAUUUUCACAGCUUUACCUUGCUGUAAAACUGUAGAGUUUCCGUAGUCCUGCGCAUUAAGCCCAACUCUGUGGUAAAGCAGUGAAAAUAUUCUUAAUAUAGUGUACACAUUUUACAUUUUUCUGCCACCUCCAGUCACAGCUUUGCGUAACUCUGCUUCUGUGCCAUGAUUCCUAUGUGCUUCCCCAAACUGGGGGCGCACUGACCACCACCUACUGUAAUAGUAAUACACUGACUUUGUAUAAGUACCUCACAGAACCCCACUUCAAAAAACACAAACUAUCCCUUUAAAGGCAGAAUUAGCAGGAUAUCAUACAAAAUAUAUAUAUAAUAUAAUAUAUAAUAUAAAUAUGGUUUGAUGAUUUUCAUAAACUGUAGCCACAUACAGACAGGUGAAAGUUAAAGAAAGCAGAAACACAAAUAUUUCCAUUUUGAGCUCAUUGAAUGGUUUAAUGAGCCUGACAGUGAUAUAAAUCAGAUCCUGUGACCUUUGGAGUCGCAGAUUUUCCUUAAAUUAGUCACUCAUCUUUAGCUUUUUUAAAUUGUAUUCUGUUAUUUCCAUGUUUGAGAUCCCAGUUUGUACCCUCUUAUUAAAUUAUUUGCAAACUAAA